AACCAAGCUGAGCUCAUCAGAGAGUCCCCCAUGUUCUAUAUUUAUACAGCACCCAGCACCUCCAAGUCGCACAGACACGCCGCGUCUCUAAUGUGACAGUCCGAGGACGUGGGACCCUGAGUACCGUCAGCAAACAAACAAACAAACAAACCGAAUACGUUCUGCGAAGGAGACUAUCGGACGGAGAUCGUUUAACUUUUUAGGUUAAUCUGUGUAAGGUCUCGUUGGUGAAGGGCAUGCCAAUCUAAAAAGUGCUGAGAAAGAUCAACAUGUGGCAAAUUAAGCCUCUCAACUAAAAACAGCUUAAGUUGACCUCUCUCGAUCACAGUCCUCAAUCGUCUAGCCCCUCGACCCCUUGCCAUGCAGGAAUCUGAGCCCAGCGUCUACCAGCUGCAGCCCAACAUCAUCUCGGUGCGGCUGUUCAAGAGAAAAGUGGGGGGCUUGGGCUUUCUGGUGAAACAGAGGGUGAGCAAGCCGCCUGUCAUCGUGUCGGACCUGAUCCGGGGUGGGGCGGCUGAGGAGUGCGGCCUGGUCCAGGUCGGUGACAUUGUCCUAGCCGUCAACAACAAGCCACUGGUGGACCUGAGCUAUGAGCGGGCCCUGGAAACCCUGAAGAACGUGUCACCAGAGAGCCAUGCUGUGCUCAUUCUCAGAGGCCCCGAGGGCUUCUCAACCCACCUGGAGACCACCUUCUCCGGGGAUGGGAAGCAGAAGACCGUAAGGAUCACCCGGCCGCUGUUCCCCAUAUCCAAGUCCUUUGACUGCUCGCCACAGAGCCUGCAGGGCAGCAAGGAGCAGCUACGGGCCAUCGAGAACCUCGCCUCGCCCCGGGAGCAAAGGCCGCUCAUCCAGAUCAACAGCGUCGUCUCCUCUUUGAUCGCCCAGGACCCACUGAAGGAUGGGAGUUGCCCCUCCGAUUGCCAUGCCCUCCUCAACGGCGUGGAAGAGAACAAUGACCUGCUGAAGGAGAUCGAACCCGUGCUGAAGCUGCUGAAGAACAGCAAGCGGGAGAUCAAUGGUGAGGGGCAGAGAAUGGUUGAAAGGAGAGACGCAGAGGUCCAGGUAGACAGGGACCUUGUUGUGGGAAACCGCAAGUCCCCACAGCUGGCCUCUGAUAACGACAGAGUGUUUGAUGACCUCUGGAGGAGGGACAACAUGCCCACGGUGCUCAACAACCCCUAUUCUGAGGCAGAGAAGCCACAGUCCCAAGAAAGAAUAUCCCCCACCACGAACUUACAGAACGGCAGCCCGACCAAAUGCCCGCGUUUCAUGAAGAUAAAGAAUUGGGAGAGCGGGACCGUGUACAAUGACACUUUACAUCUGAAUUCCAGUAAGGUUCCAAUCUGCACUGAACGUGUUUGCAUUGGAUCCAUAAUGACACCAAACCCGAGCCGCAAACUGGAUGAAGUCCGAACCAAAGAGGAGCUCCUUCCCCUGGCAAAAGAUUUCAUCGACCAGUAUUACACCUCCAUAAAAAGAUUCAACUCCAAAGCCCACACAGACAGACUGGAGGAGGUGACGAAGGAGAUUGAGAUGACGGGCAGCUACCAGCUAAAGGACAAUGAGUUAAUCUAUGGUGCCAAACAUGCCUGGAGGAAUGCUGCCCGCUGCGUUGGCAGGAUUCAGUGGUCCAAGCUUCAGGUAUUUGAUGCCAGGGACUGCACCACAGCUCAUGGGAUGUUCAAUUACAUCUGCAACCAUAUUAAGUACGCUACCAACAAAGGCAACCUCAGGUCUGCCAUCACCAUAUUCCCUCAGAGGACAGAUGGCAAGCAUGACUUCCGGGUGUGGAACAGCCAGCUGAUCCGCUAUGCUGGCUACAAGCAGCCGGAUGGUUCUGUACUGGGAGACCCGGCUUCAGUGGAACUCACAGAGAUCUGUAUACAGCAAGGCUGGAAAGCACCAAGGGGGCGUUUUGAUGUUCUGCCCCUUCUGCUGCAAGCCCAUGGCAAUGACCCAGAGCUUUUCGAGAUCCCCGAUGACCUGAUCCUGGAAGUGCCGAUCACACACCCCAAGUUUGAGUGGUUCAAAGAUCUGAAUCUGAAGUGGUAUGGGCUGCCUGCGGUGUCCAGCAUGCUGCUGGAGAUCGGUGGACUGGAGUUCACCGGGUGCCCGUUCAGUGGCUGGUACAUGGGCACGGAAAUCGGGGUGCGGGACUUCUGUGACAGCUCCCGCUACAAUAUCCUUGAGGAUGUAGCCAAGAUGAUGGCGCUAGAUACCAGGAAAACAUCAUCACUGUGGAAAGACCAGGCAUUGGUGGAGGUCAACAUUGCAGUUCUGCACAGUUUCCAGAGCUCAAAAGUAACCAUAGUGGACCACCAUUCGGCCACUGAGUCCUUCAUGAAGCACAUGGAGAAUGAGCAGCGUGUGCGAGGGGGCUGUCCGGGGGACUGGGUCUGGAUCGUGCCCCCAAUGUCCGGGAGCAUCACCCCCGUGUUCCACCAGGAAAUGCUCAACUACCGUCUGACACCCUCUUUUGAGUACCAGCCUGAUCCAUGGAACACUCACGUGUGGAAAGGCGUGAAUGGGACGCCAACCAAAAAGAGAGCUAUUGGCUUCAAGAAACUGGCCAAGGCUGUCAAGUUCUCGGCUAAACUCAUGGGCCAAGCCAUGGCAAAGAGAGUCAAAGCCACUAUCUUGUACGCCACUGAGACGGGGAAAUCACAGGUGUAUGCAAAAACCUUGUGUGAGAUUUUCAAGCAUGCCUUCGAUGCAAAGGUCAUGUCAAUGGACGAUUAUGAUGUGGUGGACCUAGAACAUGAAACAUUGGUGUUAGUGGUGACCAGUACAUUUGGUAAUGGAGACCCACCAGAAAAUGGAGAGAAAUUUGGAGGCGCUCUGAUGGAAAUGCGACAUCCAACUUCCAACACAGAGGACAGAAAGAGCUACAAGGUGCGCUUUAACAGCGUCUCCUCAUAUUCGGAUACCCGUAAAUCUUCCAGUGACGAACCAGAACCAAAAGUCAACUUCGAGAGCACAGGCCCUCUCGCCAAUGUAAGGUUCUCUGUGUUUGGCCUAGGCUCCAGGGCCUACCCACACUUCUGUGCAUUUGCACAUGCUGUGGACACCCUAUUUGAGGAGCUGGGUGGGGAACGUAUCCUGCGCAUGGGAGAAGGAGACGAACUAUGUGGCCAGGAGGAGUCUUUCAGAACUUGGGCCAAGAAGGUCUUCAAGGCUGCAUGUGACGUCUUCUGCGUCGGUGAUGAUGUGAACAUCGAGAAAGCGAAUGACUCGUUGAUCAGCAAUGACCGCAGCUGGAAGAAAAACAAAUUCCGUAUGGCUUACACAGCAGAGGCACCUGAGCUCACGCAAGCACUGUACAACAUUCACAAGAAGAAGGUUUUUGGUGCCAAACUCCUGAAACGACAAAAUCUGCAAAGUUCCAACUCCAAUCGUUCAACCAUAUUUCUACAACUCCAUUCAAAUAACCACGAGGGUCUGAGAUACCAGCCUGGAGACCACUUGGGCAUCUUCCCUGGCAACCAUGAGGAUCUGGUGACUUCACUUAUUGAUAAACUGGAAGAUGCCCCACCUGUCAAUCAAAUCAUCAGGGUGGAGUUCUUAGAAGAAAGAAACACAGCCUUGGGUGUAAUCAGCAACUGGACAGACGAGAGUCGCAUCCCCCCAUGUACCAUCUACCAGGCAUUUAAGUACUUUUUGGACAUCACUACACCGCCCAGCCCUCUCUUGCUGCAGCAGUUCGCCUCAUUAGCCAGCAAUGAUAAACAGAGGAAAAGGCUUGAAGUCCUCAGUAAGGGUUUGCAAGAGUACGAGGAGUGGAAGUGGUACAACAACCCCACUAUGGUGGAGGUCCUGGAGGAGUUCCCUUCCCUGCAGAUCCCCUCCACCCUCCUGCUCACCCAGCUGCCCCUGCUCCAGCCACGUUACUACUCCAUCAGCUCCUCACCGGACACCUGUCCCGGGGAGAUCCACCUCACUGUGGCUGUCGUUUCCUACCGCACCAGAGAUGGCGAUGGCCCAAUCCACCACGGAGUGUGUUCCUCUUGGCUGAACAGGAUAGAAACUGAGGAAAUGGUUCCUUGUUUCGUUAGAGGAGCUCCGACCUUUCGAAUGCCCAAAGACCCCAAAGUCCCUUGCAUCCUAGUAGGCCCAGGAACCGGUAUCGCUCCCUUCAGAAGCUUUUGGCAACAGAGACUGUAUGAUUAUGAACACAAGGGAAUUGAUUCCAGCCCUAUGAUCCUCGUCUUUGGGUGUCGGCAGUCCCAGAUCGACCACAUCUACAAGGAAGAGACUAUUCAGGCCAAAAACAAGGGGGUGUUCAAAGAACUGUACACGGCGUACUCAAGAGAGCCUGGCAAACCAAAGAAAUAUGUGCAAGACGUGCUUCGUGAGCAGCUUUCUGAGACAGUGUACGCCUGCCUGAAAGAGCAGGGCGGUCACAUUUAUGUGUGUGGGGAUGUGACCAUGGCUGGAGACGUGCUGAAGACCAUCCAGCAGAUCAUCAAACUGCAGGGCAACAUGUCAUUGGAGGAUGCUGGCUUCUACAUCAGCAAGCUACGAGAUGAAAACAGGUAUCACGAAGACAUCUUUGGCGUCACGCUACGCACCUAUGAGGUCACUAACAGACUGCGGUCGGAAUCGAUUGCUUUUAUUGAGGAGAGCAAAAAGGACUCUGAUGAGGUAUUCUGCUCAUAGGAUCAUUCCGGACUUGCAUCCUCUCUCUGGAUGGGACCACUUAGGCGAACUCGCAGGAGCCAAGUGUUACAGAAGCUAGACAUGGAUACUGUGCCAAGUUUUAUACUGUAAAAAACCCUGCAAUUAUUUUUUACCAAUUAUGCUUUGUAAUGGUCAGGCUGUGAAAUUAGUCUGUGGCGACUUUUUAUUUUAAUUUUCGAAGUUUUUUCAAAAGCACUUUUAAUUUUUUUAAUGGAUUUGCUUUUGACUGGUUUAUAGAGCAGUGUGUGCCCAACAUAUGACUUGCCUCUGUGUCAAUGCAUGAGCGAGACAAUAAUAUACUAAAUAUAUUCAAUGUUAUCUAUUUAAUAUGAGAAUAAAUGCCUUUUCCUGAAGUGCAGUAUUUAAACGUCUGCUAGUGAGACCUGGAAAGAAUGCUAUGCUUGACGUGAAAUGGUUGCAUCAGAGUACAUGAAGGAACAUCAGCCUUCAUUAAGCGGGUCUUGACUUGACAUGUUUUGGUGUUCUAAACAAAAAGAAACUAACCAUAUGAGGACUAUUCAUGCUUUGGUGUGUUUGGGUGAUAACUAGGAGGCAGGCUCAGCUUCAAAUACUACCCUUGGUUCAGCAAAAACAUUGUGAUGGAGAGAAACUAUAACAUGCUUUACACAUUGUGGAAAAAAGUCUGGAUUUUUAUGAGCGAGGCUACAGAAAAAUUCAUUUUGGGCACAUUCUGUUAUUCAGAAUGGCAACAACAUCCAAUAACACAUUGACAGUCCAUCAAAACGUAUCUGUGCUUUUGUCAGUUUUUUUACCUGCAUGUCUGUUCUGCUGUCAGAAUAUAAAAGAUUUUUUUUUCCAAAUCUAAUGUCAUGUCACAGCUGUGGUUGCAUAAAUAUGUUAGCAGAAGCCACUUAAUAGUUUUUGAAGAAGGUACAGCUCAAAUAAUGGCACUCUACUUGUUAACAUAAUCAAUAUUAUUAAUAUUCAUUUAAAAAGUGAGGGAAAGCUUUUUUCCCUGCACGUAAUGUACAUUGUAUUCAGGAAAUGAGGAAUUUGAG